UUCCAUUUUCACAUGCGCGCGCCAUCGCAUCUCAUCGACGACCCCAGCGACGCCCGACCUCGGACGCUCCUGCGCGCUCCCACGGUCGACGAGCAGGACAUGUACUGCUUGACGAGCUACGACGAUCCACACUUAUACUACCACAAGGCGAUUGCCGCCGGCGAUCUGCCGAUGACGCGGCGACUAUUGCCUGCGUGGGACAACGACCGCGCCAUGGACGUGGCCGCAAUGCACGGGCAAUGCGACGUGCUCCUCUUCCUGCACAAGGCGAGCCGCGCCGGCUGCACGACGCGCGCGAUGGACUACGCUGCCGCGUACGGGCAGAUGGAGUGUCUACGAUUCCUGCAUCAGUUUCGCAAGGAAGGCUGCUCGCGCCAGGCACUGCUGUACGCAGUCCGGAACGACCACGUGCACUGUGUCCUCUACCUCUGGCGCCACCAGCCGCAGCCACACUGGUUCCACCUCGACGCCGCCAUCCGCUUUGCAAAAGAGUACAAGCAGCGACGCGUGCUCAAGGUGCUCCAGCAGAUCCGCCGCGACGCAUCGCAGACCUCGUUUUUCCAGCGCCACCUCUGGCGGCCACUGCGUACCCGCCUCACGCAUUUCUAGUUGCUGUCCAUAACCUCGUGCAUCAUGUACAAGAAUGUCAUUUCUUGGAUUCGUUUUG